GUAGACCCGUUAGAUCGUAAGUGGAAGAAUGGACAGUGCCAAAGUACAUGCGAAUGGCCUGGGAGCUUUGGUGAGGAGUAGAGGUGGCAUCCAAGGUCUGGCCGGCUGCCCAUUCACAAUGGGAUUUAUCAUCUGGACUGACACCAUCGCCUCUCUCAUCAUGGACACCGAGCCAUGCAUACCGCUAAACCAUCUCUCACCUCCUCAAUCUCAUGGAGACUGGGCCACAUCGUGCCCAUUAGCACCCCGGUACCAAUCAAAGCUAUCAAAUUUCACCGGGUUGCCACUUCUUAGCCAAGAGACCAUAGAAAUCUAUAAAGACUUACGGCAUUUCAUCACAAUGAAAGACAGCAUGCCCGUCUCGCAUGACAAAUCAGAGCUCCAACCACUUCUAGACAUGGCAGGACAACUUGACCGCCGACUCCUCAAGCUCAUACUAUCAGACUGCCUCGAUCCACCAUCUCAGACGACGGUAAUAUAUAAACUAUUCGGAAAUGCAGCUCUCAUCCACCAAGUGAUGUUCAUCCGGCAAGCCCCAACCCGGCUCUCGCUCUCUAACAUCGUCUCAAGCCGAAUACGAACCUUGAUUGAAGCCAUCGACCUGGUAGCUCUACGGAUACAGUACCCUAAUGUGAUGCUUUGGGUAUUGAUGAUAGGGGGUAUUGGAGGUGUUGGGACGCCAGAUCAGAGGUGGUUUGCGGAGAGGCUU